GCGCGAUUAACAGUAGCAACGAUGAGGCCGAUAUUUGUUGGGAACUUCGGGUAUGACACCCGGCAAUCUGAACUGGAGCGGUUAUUCGCCAAAUAUGGGAGAGUUGAAAGGAUCGACAUGAAGUCUGGAAUUUCUUCUAAGGAAAAUGAGCCAAGCUCCUAUCUGGGCUCACCACCAUCUGUGCAUAAAAUUUAUUUUGGAAGGAAACUUCCUGCUUGCCUGCUUAGCUUCACCUACAGAUAGCAUCAUCCUGAUUUUUCUUCAAUCAAUCAUUCGUCAUUCAUCUACCUCAUCACUUAAGUUGCAAUACAACAGAAUCGUCUUAAUGGAUUGAUCUUUAUCUCAUGCCUCAUCAAUUAAGUUGCAAUUCACCAGAAUCGUGUUAAUGGAUUGACUAUAUCUCUUGCCUUUGCCUACCUAUCACCACUGAUCAUAGGACUUCACUGAAUUCUGGUCAUGCCUUCCAUAUGAUAUUAGUGGCUGAAUGAAAUCUGUCAUGCCAUGCCUUCCAUUUCUGAACUCGUGCUGUGUGAAAGGCGAAGCAUAGUUGAAAUUUUGGAUUUAAACCUUUAGUAUGCAACCAUCUUAGUUCAUCAUGCAACGUCUCUACAGCUAUAUGUGCAUCAGUCCUCCCAUAUUUGCAGGUGUUGUAUUUUUAUAGUUUAUCCCAGGGAAAGAAACGACGAGGCUGGGUGACAAUACCUGCUAAAUGGAUAAGGCUUCAACGUCUUACCAUGUUUUAUACAUCUAAUUGUUUGUAUUUGUCAGGUUUUGCAUUCGUUUACUUUGAAGAAGAGAGGGAUGCUGAAGAUUCUAUUCGUAGCCUUGACAACAUGCCAUUUGGUUAUGAUAGACGCAGAUUGUCUGUGGAAUGGGCUAGGGGUGAACGAGGUCGCAGUCGUGAUGGAUCCAAGUCGAUGGCAAAUCAGAGGCCAACCAAAACCUUGUUUGUGAUCAAUUUCGACCCGAUUCGUACUAGAGUUCGUGAUAUUGAAAGACACUUCGAACCUUAUGGAAAGGUGCUCAAUGUUCGCAUUAGAAGGAACUUUGCAUUUGUACAAUUUGAGACGCAGGAGGAGGCAACCAAGGCCCUUGAGUGUACCCACAUGAGCAAAAUAUUAGAUAGGGUUGUAUCAGUGGAGUAUGCUUUGAGGGAUGACGGUGAGAGGGGUGACCAUUAUGACGAUAGCCCUCGAAGAGCAGCUUAUGGGCGGCUUGGGGAUAGUCCUUAUCGGAGGUCACCUAGUCCUGUGUAUCACCGUCGACCAAGUCCUGACUACGGACGAGCUCGCAGCCCUGCUUAUGACAGGUAUAAUGGCCCUUAUGAACGACGUAGGAGCCCUGAUUAUGGCAGGAAUCGGAGCCCUGAUUAUGGCAGGAAUCGGAGCCCUGAAGUUGGCAGGAAUCGGAGCCCUGAAGUUGGCAGGAAUCGGAGCCCUGAUUAUGGCAGGAAUCGGAGCCCUGAUUAUGGCAGGAAUCGGAGCCCUGAUUAUGGCAGCAAUCGGAGCCCUGACUAUGGCAGGAAUCGGAGCCCUGAAGUUGGCAGGAAUCGGAGCCCUGAAGUUGGCAGGAAUCGGAGCCCUGAAGUUGGCAGGAAUCGGAGCCCUGAAUAUGGUAGUGUUCGCAGUCGUUCACCCAUUCGGAGGUCAAGAACCUAAAGGAAAUCAGACCCGACCCAUUUGGAGGUCAUGAACCUGAGGGAAAUCUAAUUUAUAAUUUUCCGUAGUUACAUUCAUAGGUUUAGGUCUGGAGUGUUAAGGGAUAGUGAGGAGUUUCUGUACAACCCUGGUGUUGAGUAUUUGAACUAAUGUUGGUAGAUUUGGUAUAAUGAAGAAACCGUGGUUUUGAUAUAUUUUUUGAAGCCUGUCGUCUUUGUGUUAACAAUUGUUUACUUGGGAACUAUCCAGCAUGCUUGAGGUAAGUAAAGACGUUGGAACAGGUUGAUAUAAC